UAAUGCCUUUCAACCAAACAUUCGACGAAUUUCCUUUCCUCUAUGCAUCUGCCUCUCAGCCACAAUAUCCAUCUAGUAGCUCAUCUAUUGGCGUGAACACUCACAUAACCCCUGGCGGGUUUUCGGUUCCGGCCCAAUACGACAGUCUCUUUGAUGGUGCCUCCGCAGCCGGGAGUGAAGACGGUAAAAUGCUGAGAGAACAGUUGGGUUGGGAAGGUAGACAACUGGACGAGGCAUGCGCGGCCAAAGACAAAGGGGAAAGACCGUUCGCCUGCGAUGGGAAAUGCGGGACACCUGACUGCGGAUGUAUCUACCUCAAGAAGAAUAUUGCAAGACAUAGAAAGCAACACUGCCUGACGGCCGAGAGGCCUAAAACCGCAUACCUGGUGCUCCCUAUACAUUCAUAUAACGACAUAAUUUGUACAAAUAUUACUACUCAUAUAGCAUAUAAUAUCACUCCGAAGAAUUCAUGCCAGCUUCAGGGAAUCAAAAUCAAUACUCUCCUCCAUGGUCUUCCGUCGUUGGAUGGAGCUGCACAAAACUUCAUACAUCUGCAGCUGGAAUUUUUGAGGCUGAUUCUGAUUGCUAACGGCAAGGCCGAAUCAGGCAUCCCAGGAUUUGCAAACGGUCCGCAAGGAAUGGCGAAUCCUUUCAGAAUCCCAAUACGAGGAUUCCCAAGA